GUCUACUCUCGUCCCAUUGGCGCAGGUGAUCCGUCUCAGGAUGCGAGAGGAGAGCGGAGGAGAGGGGAAGAGAGAGGGGAAAGCGCCGAUGGAAAAGUGUCCAGGGCUCGGCUAACGAGAGAACAGGAGACCGGGCCGCUUCAGCUUGUCCUCCGGCCACUUCGGCGAUGAGAGCUUCGCAGAAAGGGGCACUUUGAGAUAUGAUGAGGUUUAUUUCUGGCCGGCGAUAGUACUAUGAUUUGGUAUGUGGCCACUUUGAUAGCAAGUGUAUUCAGCACCCGAGGAACGGCCGCUCAAGGUGCCCACGGAGUGCGAGAGGAGCCCCAGUUUGUGACGGCACGUGCAGGAGAGAACGUCAUCCUGGGAUGCGACGUGUCCUUCCCCCUAAAUGGCCAGCCCUACGUGGUGGAGUGGUUCAAGUAUGGAAUGCCCAUCCCGUUCUUCAUCAACUUUCGUUUCUACCCUCCUCACGUGGACCCAGAGUAUGCUGGCCGCGCCACUCUGCACGGCAAGUCCUCCCUGCGGAUAGAGAAUGUGCGUUCAGACGACCAGGGCUGGUACGAGUGUAAGGUGCUGAUGCUGGAACAGCAGUACGACACCUUCCACAAUGGUAGCUGGGUGCAUCUGACCGUCAAUGCUCCCCCCACAUUCACAGACGUGCCACCUCAGUACGUAGAGGCCAAGGAGGCGGGGAGCAUCACUUUGACCUGCACGGCUUUUGGCAACCCCAAGCCCUCCGUCAGAUGGGUGCGGGACGGCACCGUCAUGGUCAGCAAUGCCAAGUACAAGGUGUCUGAUGGGAGUUUGACGGUGCUAUCCAUCACCCGGGAGGAUCGAGGGUCCUAUACAUGUCGAGCCUUCAGUCCCCAGGGCGAGGCCAUUCACACCACACGGCUGCUAGUACAAGGUCCUCCUUUCAUUGUAACACCACCAGUGAACAUGACAGUGAAUAUCUCGCAGGACGCCUUCUUCACCUGCCAGGCGGAGGCUUACCCUCGCAACCUGACCUACACAUGGUUCUGGGAGGAGGACAACGUCUUCUUCAAGAAUGACCUAAAGCGCAGAGUCAGUAUUCUCAUCGACGGUUCCCUGAUCAUCGCCCAAAUCAAGCCAGAGGAUGCUGGGAAAUACACCUGUGCUCCGAGCAACAGCCUGGGCCAACCACCGACUGCCUCUGCCUACCUGUCAGUGCAAUAUCCUGCCCGUGUGGUAAACAUGCCAUCCGUCAUCUAUGUGGCCAUCGGUUUGCCUGGCUUCAUCCGCUGUCCUGUAGAUGCCAACCCCGUGGUAACUCUGGUGAAGUGGAAGAAAGAUGGCCUCCCUCUCCGGAUAGAUAAGUACCCUGGUUGGAGCCAAACGGACGAUGGAAGCAUCCGCGUGACAGAGGUGACAGAAGACUCUCUCGGCACCUACUCCUGCAUGCCUUACAAUGCCCUGGGUUCCAUGGGAUGGUCCCCUCCUGCUCCCCUGGUGCUAAAGGACCCUCCCAAAUUCUCAGUGGUUCCUGGAGGGGAGUACAGGCAGGAGGUUGGGAGAGAACUAGUGAUCCCCUGUGCGGCGGAGGGAGACCCUUUUCCCAACAUCACGUGGCGGAAGGUCGGGAAGCCCAGCAAAAGCAAGCACAAUGUUCUGCCCCGUGGCAGCUUACAGUUCAAGUCACUCACAAAGGAGGACCACGGGGAGUGGGAGUGUGUCGCCACCAACGUUGCCACGAGCAUCACUGCCAGCACGCACGUCCAAGUCAUAGGCACAAGCCCCCACGCCCCCGCCCAUGUCCAUGUGGUGGCGUCCUCCACCUGGGCCAAUGUGUCCUGGGAGGCAGGCUAUGAUGGAGGCUUCCAACAGACAUUCUCAGUCUGGUAUGGCCAUGUGCUGAAGAGGGAACAGUUAGGUCCACACGACUGGUUGUCCAUACCUGUGCCUGGAGGCCAUGACUGGAUGCUCGUACCGGGUUUGGAGCCGGAGACGACGUACCAGUUCAGUGUCCUGGCCCAAAACAAACUUGGCACAGGCCCGUUCAGCGAGGUUGUCACUGUGAACACACUAGUAUUUCCUAUAAGUACCCCUGAACCAUUGGUGCUGCUUACCCCACCACGGUGCCUCACAGCCAAUCGCACGCAGCAGGGAGUCCUGCUCACCUGGAUCCCGCCUGCCAAUCACACAGCACCUAUCCAGCAUUAUGUCAUGGAGUUCCGCCUGGGGGAGAGAUGGGAGGUCCUGGACGACAGCAUUCCUGCCGGGGAGACAGAGCUGCUGGCCCGAGACCUCAUCCAGGAAGCGUGGUACGAGUUCCGUGUCAUGGCCGUCAUGGAUGACAUGAUCAGCGAGCCCAGUAACGUAGUGGGAGUGUCCAGCACAGACUUCUUCCCGCCAGAGUUGGUGGAGGAGCGUGGACUGGCGCGGCCCGUGGUGGCGGGCAUCGUGGCCACCAUCUGUUUUUUAGCGGCGGCGGUGCUGUUCAGUACCAUGGCCGCCUGCUUCGUGAACAAACAGCGCCGGCGAAAGCUCAAGAGGAAAAGAGACCCGCCUCUCUCAAUAACCCAUUGCAGAAAAAGCGUGGAAACUCCGUCUUCUUCUGGAAAGGUGAGCCCAGAGAGCAUUCGUUCCAAGGCAUCCCUGUCCGAAACAUCAGAGGACAGUCAUGACCAGCGUGGGAAGAAACCACCCCCAAGUCCAGGGAAGAGGGAAGAAUUGUCUUUGUACAAGAAGACAAAAAGAGCAAUAACAAGCAAGAAGUAUGGCAUGAAGCAUGAGGCUGAACCAACGACACCCAUUGAACUCAUUAGCCGAGGCCCAGACGGACGCUUUGUCAUUGAUCCCGCUGAUGUAGAAAUGUCUGUUAGGUCACGGCGAAUUGAAGGCUUCCCCUUUGUGGAGGAAUCAGACCUCUAUCCUGAAUUCCGGCAGUCAGAUGAAGAGAAUGACGAUCCCAGGCCUCUGCCACCAGUUAUGGCCCCCCUUCGGCCACACCAGAUUUCCCCUAUCUCCAGUCAGGAAUCAUAUCUGCAACCUCCAGCCUACAGCCCUCGUUUCCACAGGCCCUUUGAAGGUAUGACCAUCAUGGAGAGCAGUCGGCUCCAGGCCACAGGGCAGAUCCGAGGCUCUCUCCACCACAGGGCUUUCUAUGGCUACCUAGGCCACCCGGGUGAUCAUGAUCCCCCGCCUCCGUUUUACAUGCCUGAUACCAGCCCACUCAGCUCUGUUAUGUCCUCCCCUCCAUACCUUGCCGAAGGUCCUUUUGGUCACCCUAUGAUUCCUGAAGAAAUAGGGGAGGGUGAUUUCCCACACUAUGCUGUCUCUGGUUUUCCACUUCCUCUGACACUCGCCUCUUCCUCUCGUUCACCGGAAAUUUGGCAAGGGGUGGAUUUCACCUUCACAAGUCUGGAGGGACCCCAAUUCAUUUUCCCCCCCCAUCACCCUUUGCAGCUACGCCAUGAUUCCCCCUACCCUCCUCCACCUCAUGUUCUUCCCCUUAGUGCUUUCCAGCCCUCCUCCCUUCCAAUGCCUACUUACCCAACUGUCCUGCCACUGGAGGCUCCAAAGAGCCACUCACGCAAAUCUCCCAGCAAGGCCAAGCCUCGUGGCUCCCCAGCCAAGCAUUUAGCUAUGCAAGAGGCACAUUUAGGGCAGCUAAGACACACAAGUCACAGUAUGGGUGUGCCGGUUUUGCCUUACACCGACCCAAUGGCCCAUAUUGUCCCUAGCACAUUCAGUAGCCUGGACACACGAUGGUUUGAAACCGCCCCUCGUUUCAGUCCCAGACAGGCUCGUAGGAUGGAUCCUGGCAUGCAUCAGGUGGUUCUUCAGCCCUCUCGACUUUCACCUCUUACACAAAGCCCCUUUAGUUCUCAUGAGGGCUCCCCAGAGAUUGUAGUGCGUCCCAGGCCACGUCCCAGCAUUGUCCAACCUCCCAUACCUCCAGCGAUGUCUGAGAUUACCCUCCUCCCUCCUUCCACAGCCAGCUUCUCCAGGAGAUCCUCUCCUUCCUCCUCACCUGCCCAAGGCCAGGGUAGCAGGAGAGCAAGUCCCAGCUACCGUUCCCACAUGGCCUUUGCCUCCUCUGCAACCAGCUACCCAGCUUCCCAGUCCCCAUCACCCCCCAUGGAAAGCAGCAACAUAUUUGGGCAGAUGCCAUCUCAAAGGAGGACUGAGGAGGGGAUCCUUCCGUCUGAGCCCUCUCCACCCCACUUGUCAGCUUCAGGAAAACGUCGAGGUGCGCUGAGUGCCCUUUCGGGGUCUGAGAGGAUCGAUGCACUGAGGUACCAACGUAUUAGAAAGACCAAGAAGAUGACAAUAAACAACAAUAACUCCAAGACCAGAAAGAAAGCAGGUGUCUCCACCUCUCAGACCCAGCAGGCCUACACCUCUCAGGUACUCCAGCCCGAAGAAGCGCUCUACCUCCGCAAGAAGAGGAAACGGCCCAUCCUCCACGAUCCAUACACUCGCUUUUCUGCUCUGUUGUACCGCCGCCCACCUCGGGAGGACCAGAAGGCUAUUCUGGCAAGCAUGGACAGCAUAGACCUUGACCAUGCCACUCUUCUCUGAACGUCCUUGAGGACAAAGUCACAACCUCGCAAUAUUGCCCCCCCCAAUUUCAAAAGUAGCACUAGCGAACGAUCACUCGAUACCAUUUGGGAAGAUAAAAACAAAAGAAACAACAAUAUCGGACGUUGUGUGUCCUCUUUGAAGGGGGAAUAUCACUCAAUUUCAGCAUUCAGUAUAUUCUGACUUUGCCCUUGGUCAAUUCAAUCUGUAGUUAGUAGGCGGCUCACUGAGUAAUCUGGGAUGUAAUCCAACUGUAUUUGGAGUGCAGAUAAAAGCUGAAGUACGCAGAAUCACGAGAAUCUUGGGGUCAUCAAAUGAAAACGUUCCGGGAUGGAGUCUCUCUGUUCUUAGCCCCUCCCAUAGAACGGCCAUGGUUCAUGCUUGAUAGAUCUCUGAAAACCCAUAUUGACAUUUUUAUUGCGUUAAUUGUCUCUCUAAUGUUUAUGGGAUUGCUUGAAACAGCCACCAUUAAUCCAAAGUCCUGUGAUUGGUCAAAGUCUCCAGUCAUAGGUGCUGUCUCAGAUCACUUGAUUGACAGAAUGCCGACACAUAUCCUGCCUACCCCAGCUUUAAUGAUGGAUUAUCCCAGAUUAAAGUUCUGAUUCUGAGGCUCUCUCUCUGAAGGGUGGAGAUUAUUUUCACUCUCUAGAAUGCCCAAAGGCACAAAACUGUUCUGUGCUGUGUGCUCAAAUUGAGUCUCAUUUCCCCUUUAGAUAAAAAAGGACUACUAACAGUUCACAUCAAAAAUAAUAGCUGCCACCAUUUUCAAAGUUUUACUCCAGUGCAAAGGAAUAAUUCAAAAAAAGAGUCCAUACUCGAUCACCAACUCUAUUUUUUAUUUAAACCUCAAGUGUUAACUGUUUUUAAAUUGGAUAUCAUUUCUCCAGACUCGGGUCAUCCUCGUUACAUGCGCUGAGCCCAAUCCCUGACAAGGUCUCCGUUUACAGCACCUUCCACCAGGAUCCCCAACCCCCUCCCCCCCUCCGCCUCCACCUCCACCUCCGCCAGCAACAUUUCUUAUCUGCCCGAGAAACUCGCCUCACACAAGUAUGGGUGUUCUCACUUCCUACCAAGUAUACCUCAGAGCACAGGACACGAGACCACACAACCACCAGGAUCAGCCAGCAGAACAAACUAUAGCUUCUUUCAUCUCUAUAUAGUCCUUAGGGUUUUUUGUUUUUUUUCACUUUAUAUAUGCUUCUACUAAUUUGUUAGACGUGCCCACACUUAGAUUAUUUAUCUUAUAUUUUUUUGCCACAAAAGUGAAGAAAACCAACUCAUGAGUCGCAUAUUGGGGUUCCAUUUGCAUUCCACAAAACAGUGUAAAGUGCUAUUUAUUUUUUUUAAAGUUUCAGUUACAUUAUAAGGCUAAGGGACACGGAGAAACCCAUCGUAUCAAUGUAACGUUAUUUUAAUAGCUUCAUUUGCACUUCAGCUGUGUCUUUAGCUUCUUCUGUGUUAGAGCAGUUUGCACUGGAGCAAAAUCUUGUCCAUUUUAAUAGAUCGCGUUUGUUCCUCUACACCUCCUCCUGUAGUCUGUAGGUCAUUAGAGGGCUCCGAAUCCUAUUCACAACUAUAUUCAUGCCAAAAACAAUCCAGUGAAAGGAAUGAAAAAAAACUAACAAAAAAACACAACAACGUACUUAUUGGAGGAUAGGAUUUUGUGCCAUAGUAUAUAAUAGUAUUUUUGAACAUAUUAGAGAGUAUAAAAAAAAGAAAAAAACAAUGGUUUGGCCUUAAUGGAGCUUCUGGUUGUUUGCCUGCUUCACUUGUGUCUAAUUUUUAUUUUCAUUUACACUUUUUUUUGUUUGUGUGUUUGUGCACAAUUUGCCAUGUUCUACUCAUAGCCUUUGUUUCAUUCAAAAUAGAAAUGCUGAGAGUACAUUAUGUGGCACUGAAGGCACGGCCCAAAGGUUUUGUUGCGUAUUUGUUUCGCUUUAUAUGGAGAGUUUUCCCGUGGAAUGCUUAUGAUCUAAAAAUAACUCAUUUUUAUUUGUCAUGGAAGUGCCAUACCAUCAGAAACCCGACUAAGUCACACAUUACACGUGCUGUGAAUGGGAGCAUGUUUUUUUAAACACCUCAACCUUUUCGCUGUUGGCUGUUUUUUUCCCCAAUUCUGUUACAAAAGUUCUCAAAUUCAUUUAUAGAUGUUAAGUUACCCAAUACCACAAAAAAAAGCAGCGUCAGUCGUACUCUGCUGAAGUGUGUUAGAGUUGUAUUGCACCCGAUGAUGUACAGAUUUUAUGUAUUUAUGGAUUUCCUUUUGUGUACUUAUUUGAUUUUAUCCGUGAUUUUGACAGAGCUGCAACUCCAACGUAGUCUUUGUGAAACUGGAAUUUGCAAGAGACUAAAUGUGGCUGCUUAAAGCCGCAGUAGGCAGGAUCUCAAGAAAAAAAAAAUAUUGGAUUGUUGAGUCUCAUCCCCAGCUUGUCAACAUUUUGGGAUAUGUUUCUCUGUUGUGAGCAUGGAAAGGCAAACGUUCUGCUAAGGCGGAGAAAAUGAAUUGCUUUUAUUGUCUGACUUUUAGGUUGCUUUGCAGUGUAGGCAGUAUUUACCAGUGCUUGAAUUGCGACCGAGGGGCAUGUGCCGCAAGUGAAAAGAGAGCCUCAAGAAGGUGCAGAGUUCUCUCCCGAAUCACUCAAAUCUACGCUGAAAGUAUUUCAUGGAAUUGUUGAAUCAAUAACGACAGACACAUCCUGCCUACACUUUGCUUUAAUACUUUCACCUGACCUCGCUACUCCAUAUUUUUGAAUUAGUUUGAAAGUGCAGGACAAGUGAAGAGAUGUGCUUUUUUAUUUAUAGAUAUAUACAAAUCUAAAUCUAUAUAGAAACAGAGAAUCAUAAAUCCUUGAGAGAAAUUUACUAUAUACACUAUACUAAGAUACUAUAUAUAAAUGUACCAAUAUACUAUAAAGUAUUUGGAAAGAGUGAUGUGGCUUGCAGGCGUUUCCAGUGACACUAAUGCAUCUACACAGGUGCAUCAGUGUCAAAACAAACAACCAGUUUAGUAAAGACACUAGUGCCUUUAUUUACGAUGUGGCGGUGAGGUCAGAGCAAGUUGCGUCAGUGUCAUUCUAAUGCGCUUAUUGUGAUUAUAAACCUUUGAAAUACAAUUUAUUUAUUAAAAAAAAGGGGGGGGGGAGAAUGUUAACAUUGGUAGCAUAAGUGAAGCCACGGUAUCUCUACUUCCAAAGAUUACAAAAGUCGGCAUGAAUAAUUUCUGUGGGAAUGAAAACGAGGAAUCAGCGAUCGUGCGUAUGUGUCACUGCCGCGGUGACUCAGUUUGUCCCGAGACAGGGACUGAGGUGCAACAACCAUGUAAAACCAACAUUAUUUUUGUAAAGCACUUCCACUUUGUGAAGAGUGGAGAGCGGGGAGUGUCGGCGAAGCCGCCAUUAAUCAUCAUCGGUGCUUUAGAAGUGGUGUCAAACAGAGGCUCUCCUCGCAGCCCAAGGUGCUAAGCAAACAAUGAAGUGAAGUGAAAAGUGAUGAGUGAUUCUUCUUUCUUGAAAUUAUUACAAAUUCCCCCUAGAUUUUAUUUUAAUAUACAGUAUAAAUCAAAGCUCAUCCUCUGUAAAAGAAUCUGUACUUGUUUUCAAAAUCACCCUGGAAGAGGAAAAGGGGAGCUCUUCUUCUUUGUAUAUAAAUGCCUUUAUUAUGGUAUACAACAGGCACUAUAAUUCAUAAGUCAAAUGUAUUUUAAAAGGUAUUUAUGUACAAAGAUUGCAUAAGAGGAUUUCCUUUGGUUAAUUGAAUGUUUCAUAGCAAACCGCCAGAUCUUUGUGUCAUUGUGGCUCCUUCUAUUGAAGGCAAUGGGCUCGAAUGUUGGUUUAUUACAUUCUCACUCGACAUGCCAGAGGUUACAUUACACUGAAGAGGCAGUGCACUCACUCAGCACAGUUCUCCACCAUUAGGAAAUAAAAAUAUGAAAUUAAAGUUCAAAAAUUGUAUUCCAAAUCACAGCUCCUAAUGUACUGUAUAUACCGUAUCAACACAUUGCCCCAGUAUGCACAAAUACAAUCAUAUUUUUGUUAGGGAAGCAGUUAUUAACAUAACAUAACAUAACAUAACAUACAUUGUACCUGCAAAAACACAACGUUGCACUUUGCCAGUUUUACACUCAACAUAUUGUUUAAUAUUUGUAAUUACCCCACGUUUAAAAUAAAAAUAUACCAAAACUAUAAUGAAUAAUAUCAUAAUAAUAAUAUAAAAGAUUCUUUAUUUAAAUCUGUAGAUAUAGAUAUAUACAAAAAUAAAUCUUAUAUAUUGUAAAAUAGGAAAGUGCAUAUUUUUAUUAUAAUUGGAUAAUAAUAUGCAUGCAGAAUUCAGUAUGGAUAUUAUUUUUAUGUAAAUGCUGCUGUGACUGUGUUCAGCAUCCGACCCUCAAACUAACUGAACUAAGGCACUGUAAUGUGUUUGCGUAUGAAUUUUUCUUUCACUUUUUUUACUUUGUAUUGGUUGACGCUUAAAAAGAGAAUGAUGAAAACAUCACGACACUUAGAGAGUGCUUGAAAAUUCAAUGUCAUAAGACAGACAAAGUAGACGCUUUGUUUCCCGCCGUGCCGUCAUUUCAUCAACGCCAGCUAUGAAGUGAGGACAGUGUGAGGUGGAGGGAUCAGCGAACAAAGUACUGUACGCCUCUAAAUGUGCCACAGGAAAAAAAACGUGUCUAUGUACAUACUGUACAUAGUCAAUAUUGAAAGCCGCUAUUUGCAUGGUAUGAACACUUGAAUGCUUCAAUAUCAAACCAGACCAGAGAACAACAAAAAAUGUAUAAAGAAAAGUACAUUUUCUCAUUUGAAAAGUCUGUACCACUUAACAAUAUCAUCGCCCUUGCAAGGUAUUUAUAAAUGGUUUAUAAAUGGUUCAUUAAUUACGUUAUUUCCUCGAAGAAAAAAAAAGGUAAUAGGCAAUAGGGAUUUGUCACUUGCCAAAUAGUGAGCCCACAUGUAUCUGCACUGCAAAGCAUCAGAUUUUUACAAAUAUUUAACAACCAUCAGCAGAAGUUUAACAUAACAAAUUAACUAAUUCGUUCAUUAAGGCUUUGGCCCUAUUAUUUACUUGUUGCCAGGAGCCUUCCACAUUAUUACCGCAGGAGAGAAAUACAGUAUCUCAACAAUUGGGGAGGUAGACACCACAGUGUUUUCUUAACCAGUAAUAAACCAGUGUAGAAACUCAA